ACCGUCGAGUAGUCCCCGCCUCCACCGCGCCACCGCACGCCUUGACCGGCUGACGCCGCCUCCGCCAUUCCCCCACCCCAUCCACGCGGCCCCAACGCCAGCCACAUCACGAGUCUCCAACCUCUCUACGCAUGGACUCGCGCGGCGCAGCCGGGGGUCCCGACUCCUCCUCCCCCGCCGAUCCGACGAGCCCCGAGCCCGAUCCGGCCGCGGCCGCGGACGCGAUGGACGCGCGCCUCCCGGCGGACCUGCUUCGCGCCGUGCUGCAGCGGCUGCCGCCAAUCGACCUCGCGCGAUCCGCCUGCGUCUGCCGCGCGUGGCACGCGGUGGCCUCCGACCGCGCCGUGCUCGAGGCCGCCUUCUGCGCGCCCUGGGGCGUGCGACGCGUCGUCGGCGAGCCGGCGACGCAGGCCUUCUGGCGGGCCGCCUCCCUUGGGAGGUUCGCGCUGUCACAUGCCGUCCGGCGCGGGGAUAACGUCCCCGGCGUCGCUCUCAAGUACUCCGUACAGGUGACCGAUAUCAAACGGUUCAACAACAUGAUGAGUGACCAUGGCAUCUACUCAAGGGAAAGGCUUCUGAUACCCAUCAGUAAUCCAGAAAUCCUGCUGGGUAGCACCUGCUACAUCGAGAUGGAUCAUAAUGCGAAGAGGGAAGUUGCGGUCUUUUACCCUGAGGGUCGUCCGAGUGGGAAAACUGAAUCCUUGGCAAAUAUCGCCUCUGCAGAGAGGCGAAGCAGGAGGAUUCUCGAGUCUGUGAGGCGGAGCCUGCAUGUUGACGACGAGACUGCUGCGUACUAUUUAUCCGUUUCCGAAGGCGAUCCCAGGGCUGCCAUGAUGGAGUACUCCGAGGACCUGAGGUGGGAGCAGCAACGCGCAGGCCGGUAGAUUCAGAACAACAUGGAAUCUGUUAAUAUCAUGGUGCUUCAUGAUGGGUAUUGGUUGCUACCUGCUUCAACAUCUAUUGCUGGGUUGCCCCCUGCCGUGUGUUGUACAAUCCGAACCAUUGUAAUAUAAUACGAGCUUCAGUGUAAAGAACAUAGACAUAUGUAUGUAUUAUAAUAAAUGAUGAAAAACAAAGUCGGUCAUGUUUUAUCAGAUCAUUGACUGGUGAAAGUUUUUCUUGUA